CGUGCGUCAGAUAGUUUUCUCCAAUGGGUAAAGGUGACUAAAUACCAGUUGUCUCGUUUGCCGGCACAGUCUCAUCCUAUCAGCUGGGGGAGAGAUGAUGGACGACUCCGGCGGUGUCCAAAUGGCGAAGGCGCUGAAGCAUGCAGCCCUCUGCCUGAUGCUGCUGCCCCGGUUCCUUCUGGCCGCAGUUAUGCUGUGGCUCCUGGAUUUCUUGUGCAUUAGGAAAAAAGUGCUGCUGAAAAUGGGAGAGAGGCAGGAGAGCCCUGACGACCCGCCGGUGUGCGUCUCUGACUCUAACAAGAUGUUCACCUUGGAGUCCCUGAGGGCCGUGUGGCAUGGUCAGAAAUUGGACUUUCUCAAAUCUGCGCACCUUGGGCACCCUGCGCCCAACACCGAGGUGGUGCUCGUCCAGGAGCGGAAGCAGGUGCGAAUCCUGGACUGCGUGAAAGGGAAGAGACCGCUCAUUCUUAACUUUGGCAGCUGCUCCUGACCGCCAUUCAUGACGCGUCUGACGGCGUUUCAGCGCGUCGUGAGUCAGUACGCAGACAUUGCGGACUUUUUAGUUGUAUAUAUCGAGGAGGCGCAUCCCUCGGACGGCUGGGUGAGCUCGGACGCGCCGUAUCAGAUCCCCAAGCAUCGCUGUUUGGAGGACAGACUGAGAGCCGCUCAGCUGAUGCUCACUGAGGUGCCGGAGACCAACGUGGUGGUGGAUAAUAUGGACAACUCAUGUAACGCCGCGUACGGAGCCUACUUUGAGAGACUUUACAUCGUGAGGGAUGAAAAAGUGGUGUACCAGGGGGGCAGGGGUCCAGAGGGAUACCGGAUUUCCGAGCUUAGAAACUGGCUGGAACAAUACAGGAACGAUCUGCUGAAUUCCCAAACAGCGGUACUCCAUGUGUAGAUGCUGAACUGCCCGCUGCUCUGCCCACUCUGCUUAACAAGUAUCCAACCCACAGUGCAAAAUAUCCAGAUGCUGCUAUCAGAUGUUCACCCAUGGCACAUUGUUGUUUUUCUUGCAAAAAACAUGAAAAAAAAUUUUUUUCAGGACUCUUUGUCAAAAUAGCCUAAAGUCAUGUUGAAGCAUAGACCAUAGGCUGUAAUUUUGUGCUUGUCUCGACUUUCAUUGAUUGCGCUUAGCGAUUCUCUUUAUUUCUUCUUUUGUAUGAGAAAGUCUCAAUUGGAUUCAAUUGGUAAUCACUCUAUUUUUCUACAAUAUCUCUCUGUGUGUGUGUGUGUGUGUGUGUGUGUGUGUGUGUGUGUGUGUGUGUGUGUGUGUGUGUGUGUGUGUUCGGGCUAAUAUCGCCUUCUGGUGUCUCUGUGAAGUUCGGUUUUUAAAAGGCUCAUCCAGAAAACCGACACUGAUGUUUCCGACACUGGUAGCGGGUCCAUAUUAGCGGGACACCUCACUCGGUGACCGACUGCCGAACGGUGUAACGUUGAAGCAAUUGUAACUGAACAAAUGUUUUUAAUAAAUGUCAGAUUACACACUGAUGACGCACUUUUGAGUGUUGAAAACGCCUUAAAGCUCUUCCUUUGGUCAUCCUGGUGCAUCCAUUUUUAUUUUACUGCUUCUGUUUGCUUCUAAAAAAGAGAGAGCGAGAGAAAGGAAAGAAAAAGUAAGUCGUCACAUUUGCUUCCUGUGUAGUUUUAAAGAACAGAUUUAGAACUGAGCUUCAUAUGAUUGCUUAUCUCUCUAUUAUGGCGUUGUUUACUCUCUUUUAAUUUGGUACAUAAUCUGUCCUUGUGGCUAAUCUGUAAACCAUUCACCAGUUCAAGAAAGGAACUUUUUGUGUGUCAGUGAGAGGGAAAAGGAGGAAACAAAAGGCUACUCAGUUUUAUUUAGACAGUUCAAAAGAAGAGGCCUGUUUCAUGUUGUGUAAGACGGUUAAUGAGAAAUGACAGUGAAGAGAAACUGAUAUGAUGAUCAAGCAAUGAGGAAAAGACAAAAAAAACAAAACAAAUCUGACUUUAACAGAAUUUGUCUAUUACACAUUAAUGCAAUACAUGAACAUAAAUUAUUCUCUCUGUUGAAUUCAUGUAAUCUGCAUUUUGGCAGAAAAAUCGCUCAUCACAGAUUGUCUUGACUUCACCAGAUAAACUGAUUCACAGGAAAGCAAACUUUACACUCUCAAUAUGGAAGCUGCAUAUUAAAAAAUAAAAAAAUGGAAUAUUAGUUAUUCUAAAGAAACAGAGAUAGCUAAGCUGCAUCUUUAGUUCUUAAAUCUCACCCAUAUACAUUUACACACUGCCACAUAAUCGGGAUUAGGGAGUGCUGUGUAAUACUGUAGGUCAGUUGUGGCCGAAGUUACUUCUCUGUGGUUUUAAUGUAUUCAGGUUGAUUCUCAUGUAUGUGCUAUACAAUGUUGUAUGUCCUUAAGCAUUAAUGUAGCAGGGGAACUGAUGCGUCCUUGCUUUCGCUUCAGUGUUAAAUGUGGGGAACAAAGUCAGUGUUUGUUUAAAAUUCCCCUUUCUGAUUCAUUCCAGGUCUUUCAGGAAAAACAGAGAAAAAAAAAGAAAGUUGGUCAAUUAGAAAUGUCUGACCACAGAGCUUUUUAAAAACUUCACCGGUCACCUGAGAGAGAUUCAUGAUUCAAAAAUACCAAACGGGCCAUCACUGUCAAGCACUGACUCUAGCAUUCAGUUUGUUUGUUUUUUAAAAUGACAUUUCCAUUAAUGUCCCAGUCCUCUUUUUUUUCUUUUUGGUUCUGAAUAUAAUGCAAACAACAUGAUCAGAGAAGACCAAAAAAACCACUGAUCUCUUGUUGAAUUACUUGCUUGGCUACCGUGUGUCAUACAGAUAUUAGUUUCAUCUUAUCUGGCAAACUGACUAAUGAAUAGAGAGGCAAGCAGACUGCUUAAGGGCCCAUCAGACCGAGGGUUCAAACACCGAUGACACAUCUUUCAGUUUUAUCAGAUCACACCACUGUUUGCGUCAGACGACUCGGUCUUCCAGGGAAUCUUAUUUCUAUGGGACCAAGUGAUGCUCAGUGACAGUCAGAGGAUGAUCUCGGUUUAAGUGGCCUCUCGAAACAUACAGAGAUCCGUGUGCAUAACACUGAGGUAUUAAGUGCAUAAUGGAUGCAGACCAUUUCAAUCCCUGUUAGUAUAACAGGCUUACAGAGUCUGUGUGUGACAACAUGGUCUAAGCUGAUUCCCCUCCUUGCUGAUAGGAGGCUUCUUUUUUUUAGCUCAUUUUUAAUCACAGUGGUGAAAAAUGAAACUGGUUCAUAGUUGUGCUAAAUAUUCAAUGACUAGAAGACAACAGAAUGUGUGUUUAGCAGGAAGCUUGAGAAAUAGUUAUUCUCCUUGUAAGCAGUAGUGCACUGACUCUAUUUUAACAGUAAUACGUGAGUCAUACAGUGUGACUGACAUGUGUUUGCUUACUUCAGACUGUGGUUUGUGGCGCUUUGCCUUUCAGAAAGCUCAUCCUGCUUUUGGAAAAAAUGAACCACAAAUAAUUCAUUUUCACCAUAAGUAUUCAUUCAUAAUUUCCUCAUUUACUUUCCCUUUCUUUGACUGCCAAUUUUCUUCUUUAACUAAUCUUUAACAACUAUAAGUUACAAAACUGGGAAUGUAAAGGUGAUGUAGCAAAGACUGUAAAUAUUUAUAUUCCUAUAGGCCAAAAACCUUUACCAUUAUGAAACUUCAUAAGUGUUGACAUUUUACUCGCGAUAGCGUGAAGGUUUGAAUUACAGAACAUGUCGGCAACAAUUGUCUAAAACUCUGUGCAAAGUCUUGGGUUUUGCUGUUGAGUCAAAUUCAGGGAAACAAAUCUAAACAGAUCAGUUGAAGUUGGCAAAAAAAAUGGCAACGGUCAGUUAGUAUUAGGUUAGCAUAAGUACAUGUACAUGAUCUAUAGAAGUAGUUGCCUUCUCUUUCCUUUUCUUUUGUUAGAUGUGGCUAAUCGUGUGGCUUCAUUUCUGCAUCUAUCUCCCAGACGAACGGGCACCAAGUCGAGGUUGCGAGAAUAUCCUUGUUUAGACAUUUGCGAUUAUUAUUAAAUGUGAUUUUGUUUCAA